GUGCCCUCUAAGAUAGGCACAAGACAAAUAAAAAGGGAAGUUAGUGUGAAAUGAGGGAAAGGAAAGAGGCACAGCUAAUGGCAUAUAUUCCCUCCCCAAUACAGCCCCACCAAUGUUUCCAGAUAUGGAGUGAGAUCAUAGGACAGCCCAACAACUCCAAAAUUUAUAAAAGAGAAACUCCAUCUGCCGCAUAUUGAAAGCAUGGUUUCUACUAAAAAAGGAUCAAAAACCACGUAUGAAAUUCAGUUUCCUGCCUGCCUCUCUUACAUAAACUUGGUUCUUCAAAAUACUCAAAAUCAAAGAAUGAAUUUGGUUCUCUCUACUGAUGCAAAGCCUAGGCUAAAGUGGACACCUGAACUUCAUCAAAGAUUUGUUGAUGCAGUCAAUCAACUUGGAGGGCCAGACAAAGCAACACCAAAGAGUGUGAUGAGGGUCAUGGGGAUUCCUGGACUCACUUUGUAUCAUCUUAAAAGCCAUUUACAGAAAUACAGGCUGGGGAAAAGCCUUGGGGAUAAUACAGAUUACAAAGAGAUGCAGAGCAGUAAUGGGAAUUUCAUUAGGGACACAAGUGAUGGAAUUCACGGGCAUAUGAAUGACUUGCAGAUCCCUCAGGCUCUCCAAAUGCAGAUGGAAGUACAACAGAAGCUUAAUGAACAGAUUGAGGUCCAGAGACAUUUACAGCUAAGAAUUGAAGCUCAAGGAAAGUACUUGCAAACAGUAUUAAAGAAAGCACAAGAAACACUGGCUGGAUAUAGCUCCUCUUCUGCUGGUGCAGAACUUGCUAGAGCUGAACUCUCUCAACUGGUCUCAAUGGUUAACACUGGCUGCACAAGUUCUUCGUUUUCGGAACUAACCGAAGUAGGAGGUUCAAGCAUAAUAGAAAGAAAACCAAUGAGGGGUACUAUAUGUUCCAUGGGGAGCUCACUGACAUCUUCAGAAAGCUCAGGGCGAAAUGACAAGGCACCUCUGGAAAAUGGGAAUAUUUGUACCCAGAAUGUUGAAUUUUCCUUAAUGGAUAUUCACCCAGAAAAAAAGCCUUUAAUUAGUUGUGCAAGCAAUCAAGCUAACGGAAAGAAAAGAAGUGUGAGUAAGGUUUCUGAUGGUGUAUGUGUUGAACAACCACUAGCUAAAAGGUUAGAGCUUCCUGAAGAAGAAACUGGUGGUUGUUUAAGAAAGUCCGGAUUCUUGGAAUUAUUUGAUCUCAACAGCCAAUGCCACAAUGACAUCGAAUCGGGUCCAAAAGCAAUAGACUUGAACUGCAGGGAAUAGAUCAGCUCAAUGGGCAUGGUUUGGAACUUUUUAAUGCGUGGUUGUUAGUAAUAUAGUCUAAGCAGCAAAUUUGGUUAUAUUUAGAACCAAUCUUCUGUGCAUAAACCAUGAAUAUUGUUAUCUGUAUUGAACUUCAAGAACUUUUUAAAAGACUAUUGAUAUCAAAGGAAGGCAUGAUGUUAUAUGCUGUAGAGACAACCCGUCCUUUAUUCUCUCUUGUAACUCGGAAACUUAAAUUUCUGGUGAUCGAGUCAAUCACCAAGUUUCCUGAA